GGGGCUCCUCGCGAGGCCUGAGCGCGGCUGCGAUGACUCUGGCCGUCUUCUUCGGCUGCGCCUUCAUCGCCUUCGGGCCGGCACUGGCGCUCUUCCUGCUGACGGUGGUGGCCGAGCCGCUGCGCAUCAUCAUCCUCAUCGCAGGAGCCUUCUUCUGGCUGGCCUCACUUCUCUUAUCCUCGCUCGUCUGGUUCAUCGCGGCCAAGGCCAGCGACCCGUCCAACGAGGCACUCCAGAAGGGCCUCCUCAUCUUCGGCGUCAUCUUCUCGGUGCUGCUGCAGGAAGCCUUCCGCUUCCUCUACUACAAGCUGCUCAGGAAGGCGAUUGAGGGGCUGUUGGCCCUGAGUGAAGAUGGUUGCUCUCCCAUCUCCAUCCAGCAGAUGGCAUACGUGGCCGGCCUGGGUUUUGGGCUCAUGAGUGGUGCCUUCUCCAUGAUCAACCUGCUGGCAGACGCUCUGGGGCCAGGCACGGUGGGGAUCCACGGAGAUUCCCAGCUGUACUUCCUGACAUCAGCCUUCAUGACGCUGGUGCUGGUCCUUCUGCACACCUUCUGGGGGAUCAUCUUCUUCCAUGGUUGUGAGACCAAGCAGUGGUGGGAAGUGGGGGCUGUGGUGCUCACCCACCUGAUCGUCUCUGGCCUGACGUUCUGGAACCCGAUCUACCUGGGGAGCCUCCUCCCUGCCUACCUGCUCAUGGCAGGUGCUGCCAUCUGGGCCUUCCUCGUCUCUGGCGGCUCCAAAGAGAACCUGCGCCACUUCCUCCUGUGCCUGCGGAGUGGGACAGCGCCACCGCCCGGAUCCUGAGGCCCCGCUGGGCUCCCUCGCUCUGUCCUUUGGAGCCAUUUGCUGGGGCAAGGAGGAUGCAGCUGCUGUGCCUUUGGGAGUGCUUCUGGGCCCGAGGCGGGGGCCACUGGACUUGCCCCCCAGAAGCCCCUCUUGGGGCGAGUUGCUGUAGAAGGUCUGGGCCUGUCCUCCAGCCACAAUGGGCAUUGCAGCAGAGCUCCUGGACCCGGUGAAUCUGCAGCAAAAGCCCCUCCCUCCAGAGAGGGGUUCCUGGCUCUGGCCAGCUGGCAUUGUUUAAAUAGGGGGGUGGGCUUUGG